AUGAGCUUCUGUAAUGGCGGGAUUCAGUAUGACAUUCCAGCCGAGCAUGUGGUGGACGCCGAUAUGAAUGGAAUUGGUGUUGUAUUGUCCUUCGUCAUCACAGCUGCAAUUUCCGUCAUUGUGGCCGUCAUGGCUGUUCUCAACCGCGGCAUACCCAAGCAGCAGUAUAUGCGAGUCGAUGAGAAGGUCCUCCAUUGGAUCGGGGUCAGAAAACCUGCCAAAGAGUCCCCUAGUAAUCUUGGCUAUCAGUCCCUUCUACUCGCAUUGAGCGACCAGAUGUUGGCCGUUGGGCUGUGCUAUCUCAUCGCCAUGUAUGCACAAGUCUGCAAAGUAUCGCUCUAUUCCUUCUAUAUCGGCGCCCAGCUAGGCUAUCUAUCAUCCACCGUUCACUUGUGUACGCUGUUAGUGUUGAAGUCGUACUUCAGGAGACAUCCAAAGCAAGCCCUCUUGCGUGGUGGCUUGAUGAUGUUGUUCCUAGGACUCCUCGUGGCAACCCUGAUCCUAGAGUUCAUCACACUAUCCGAGCCGCGCGACAGGCUAUUUCUUUGCGGCCUUCAAUAUCCGGUAUUGCCUCGUCUAGAAUCAAUGAGUGUCAGAUGCUUCUCAAUUGCUGUGAUGCUGGCCUUUGUCUACUGGAACGCUUUCCGAUCGAUCAAACUGGACAACUCUCUAAGAUACGAACUCGAGAACAACACUUCCAAGAACACGAUCCUACGAUGGAUAUAUUCGGGGGGGCAGAGAGAGGUGGACUUUCAGACGUACUGGGAGCACGAGAAAAAAGAUAAGCGCCAGCGAACUCGAAGGCAGGCGGCAAUACUGGAGCAAAGUCCUGAGUUUUGGAAAACCUUCACCAUGGUGACACCGCUUAUAGUGGCCGAGAUGGCUGCCUCAGUUCUGUUUGAGUUGCUGGUCGCCAUCUUCUCCUUUUCGAUUGCCCUGUACACACUGGUCAUUGGUGUUUUCUAUCAAGGUGCCGACGUCAAGCCACUAUUGACCGCGAGCUUUGGGCAGAUUAUGCCUAUGCUUCUUCUGAUCGUUAUUGCUCUGACAGCAGUCGAGGUUAGCAGUGAGUCUGUCUGUCAUACAGAACAUGAAAUUUGGGACAUUUACUGA